GAAAAAAAACCAGAGUGGAGCGGGUAGGAUAUGAGGAGGAAAACUAAUAUGAUUAAGGCUGGGUUUGGACACUGAUGGCAAGUUCCUGUAAGUGCUGAGCAUUAGUAGUAACAGCUGUUGCACUUCUCAUUAGAGGAGAAGUUGAAGAACUUUUCUUAAAGGAUGUUUCUUUGGCAGGCUGAGGGGGAAACAAUCGCAGUGAGCCUGAAGGAAUACAUGUCCCAAGAAUAUAAUGCCUGAUGUUUUAAUAACACAAGAUGGAAGAUGGAAUGAGCGUCCAGACAGCUCUCGUUGGAUGGGCAUGCACAACCUUGUGCUUGGUUUCAUACACUGCUGCCUUCUCCCACGGUGCAAGCCUUUCUGCCUGUGCUGACAUGACGCCCAAACAUAUCAGAGCGCAGCUUCAGAACCCCAGGAAUAACUAUAUCACCAUCCACACCAACAUGUCCUCCUACUUUCCAGGUGAUAAGGUACCAGUGACAGUGAGGAGCACUCGAGAUUUCAUGGGCUUUUUGCUCCAAGCUCGCAGGGUGUCUAAUGAUCAAAUUGCUGGCACUUUUGUUGUAAUUCCUCCUGGUUCCAAACUGCUGAUGUGUUUUGAAGAUGGCGAUACUGUUACCCACUCUGACAAGUCACUGAAGAGAAACUUGUCCUUUGUGUGGAAGGCACCAGACCACCCCAUUGGAGACAUCAAAUUUUUUUUGUCCGUAGUCCAGUCAUAUUUUGUUUACUGGGCAAGGAUUGAAUCUGCUAUUAUUCGUCACCAAAUACAAAAUCAAACAACCUCUAAUAGUAGGAAGGAAGCCAGUAUUAUAACACCAACCCCGCUGCAGAAACCUACUGAUCCACAAAUAGCAGAUACAGAAGAUAAAGGUUCCUCUUCUCUCCAGGCUGUCACCAGUUUUACCCUGUAUGCAAAAUUUGUGCCUGGCAGAGUGACUAGGAUGGCAGUGACAAAAAUACUGGAGACUGUUUUUGGAGAUGAACAAGAUGCAGAACUUCUUGGUAAUGACAGACAACUGUCCGAGCCUCCUAUGGAGUCAGCUGCCUUGAGUGUCAGCCACAGCCACGGAGGAAGACAAGGCAACAGAAGCAACACUUUCGAGGUUCAGGGACUGGAACCAUCACUUGAGCUGCAAGAGCUAGACAUGGCAAAUGCCCUGAGAAGUUUCAUUUUACAGGAUUAUACCUCCAGCCACAUCACACAUGAUGGAACACAAAGCAUCUCAAGUACUGCUACAGCACAGCCGUGUUUGACAUGUGAGGAAGAUGUACAGGAGGAUCCUGGGAACCUGGCUAUCACACAACCUGUGUUGCAUAUUACAGCUCCCCUCUCUCCUUGGAGUUUGACCACUGAGUCCGUGGCAGUCACUGGUAGCAUGUCACAACCUAAAGAUGACUUGGAUGCCUCCAGCAGCUUAUCAUCAGCUUCUAGGCAGAUUGUGGAAAGAAAGUCAGUGGUGCAAGAAACUUUAGCAAACUUCUUUGAUGUUUCCCAUUCAGAAGAUGCAGAGUCUAGAAAGGAGGAUGACGACAUAGGGGAGAUUGCUAGAAAUCCACUUCCAUUGGUGACAAGGCCAGUACCUAAAGCUGCUGUUCCUGGGAAAGGAGAGCACCUUACCAGAGGGACACAGCUUGUAGCAGCCCAACUUGGCAUUCUUCUGGGUUGUACAGCUGCCCUUGGCAUGGCCCUUGCUGCUGGGCUGCGUUGCAUCCACUCCCAAUAUUGUCACAAGCGGACGGAAGUGUCCUUCAGUGAACCCGACAACAAUGUCAUCACGGUGAGAGAGAACGGGGAGAUGAUGCACUUCAGGAAGAUACGGGAAAACAGCUUUGUGCUGGUCCAGGCAGAGUACAAUUGGAUCAGCCCAUCCGGCAGUGGGAAAAAAUCUGUCAUCUAAGUACCUACAAAUUAGGAGAGUUAAAACAGUGCUGUAUAGAUUAGAUAGG